UUCCCCAAGACACCUGCACCUCGUUGGAGUUGAGGGUGUUGGAUGAAGGUCUGAUUGUGGUCCCCGAGUGCACGUCAAACAACUUGGACACCAGUGUCCUCUUGUGCGCCGGUCCCUCCACCAAGAAGAGGGAGCAUCUGUCUGCGUCCACAAGGAUGCACACGUUGAUCAGGAUCUUAUAGCUCAGGUUGGUCAAGUCCAGAUCGUUGGAGAUGUCCUUAACCAGCUCGAGGAAGAACUCCCUCUCGUUGGUCUCCCUGAGCCGACACUUGUGGUCGGUGGCCGUGGAUGCAUACUGGGGUACGCUGACUCUAGACUCCAGCAGGGCGCUGAGGAUGUGCGCCGUGGUGGGAGGCAGGGAGCUGGCUUUACGCAGGAGCGCGCGGCGCCUCAUGCUAGACUGAGGGUCCUGCUGGCUGAAGCUGGCGUGCUCGUCGUAAGUUCGGUGUGCCGUGGUGGCUUUGGACCGGGCGAAGUUGCGCCGAAGCUCCAGGUGAGACGACCUGCGCCGGAGAGCGUCCGGAUUGGCCGGCCAGAGAGCGGGGUCCUUGGCUGGGAAGCGUCUCUCCUCGGCUGUGGAUACUUUCGGGGCCUGGUGUUCCCUCAUCCACCUGCUAAUGUGCUCGCACUUGGCUUUUCGAACCAGAUACUCCUCAAAGAGGUCGGGGUGUCCGUCCAAAAACGCCUCUAUGUCAGAGAAGUCAGAAGCCAUCAUGGUGUGAGAUGCUGUGAGGAGCAAACGACGCGCUCGAAUGCUGGAACAUGAGUGAAACUGCACGGAGGGGCUGCCCGUCUAACGUAAAUCCAUUCAUUACCCAGCCUGCUGUAUUCCUUGGAUGGCCUUCAGUCCCCUGCUCGCCGUUGUGUCCUUAUCACCUAUGCCUCAUGCUUCUCUCUUAAGGAAACCCUAUCCAUUACGUGGACAUUGAAGUGUCUUCAGAUCUCCCCUGGUUGGCUAUCAUUUUCCAUUGACAGUCCUUUUUAUUUUUUUUCAGUGGUGUUGUUUUUCAGUUUCAACUUACUGGUUUUCAGCGUAAAUUUUACUUUUCACUGUACAGCAAUGAUCAAUUCCUUUGGAAAGUUCCAGCAAGUUCCUAGAAUUCUUCCUUUAAUCCAGGGGUCUCAAACUCGUGGCCCGUGGGACAUUUGCGGCCCGCCGAGUCACAUUUUGUGGCCCGCGACUUGUCUUCAAAGAUGACUGUAAUACGGCCUGCGACAAGCCAAUGUUACUCGUAGGAUGCACACAUAAGCCUACACUGAACUAAGAGUGAGUAAGUCACUUAAAAAAUGUGGUAAAAAAAUUCCACCCAUUUUCUAUACCGCUUGUCUUCAUUAGGGUCACGGGUAAGCUGGAGCCUAUCCCAGCUGAAUGCAGCAAAAUAUAAACUGUUAAAUUAUUUAUUUAUUUAUUUGAUUCACCCUAUUACUGUAUCAAGAUAUUAUUGUUAUUGUGAGCCAUGUAUCGCGUGUCAUAUCGUGAGGUACCCCAAGAUUCCCAGCCCUACUCCUAAUACUUGAUGCGGCCCAGCCUCACUCAGACUCUACCUCCAGCGGCCCCCAGAGUUCCUGUAGCCCGAUGGAGUCCCCCUUGCUAAACAACAGCAUCAUACCAAAUCACCGUGACAUCACUGAUGACACAAAGAAAAGUGAUGUGCGCCUCAAUGAUCGACUCAUACCAAAACCCACCGAUGUCAAUUUAGUGGACAUAAUAAUAAAGACUCCAAGAGCUCCAAGAGAACAUCCCUAUGCAUCCCACAUCUCCCGCUUUGCGAUGUUCCCUUCCUUUAGAUCUUCAGGUGGUCCUCAAACAGGAGUCAGGGCAACACCGUUCCCUUUUAUCAGCCCCAUUGUCCCACCCGCACCACCAAAUGUUACUCUGCGCAGCAAAACUAAAGGUGGUCCAUACAGGCAUGAGGUCUUGGAGACACCAACAAGUGAGAAUACAGCCAAAUGGACAGGAGACCAUGGCUUCAUAGAUCGUCCAAAACCAGUGAGAGGAGUAAGACAUGCCCUGUACCCCGCUCCCACAAAGGCAGUAUUGCCAAACCCCAAACUACCAGGGGAUUUGACAGCAUCUGAGCGGACACACAACAUGUCAAAAAGUUUGGAUAAGAUGCACUGGAUCACCUCUUAUCAGAUGGACUACAAAGGAUUGCAGUCAGAUAGUAAACUUGAUCAUAAAAUUGAUGACUUCAUGAUCAAAGCGGAUAGUAAACUUGAUCAUAAAAUUGAUGACGACAUGGUCAAAGUGGACGACACUACUGGCAGAACUUCACAAUCUGCACCACUGAGAACAGAGAGAGAUAGGAGCCUGUAUGUGUGUGUUCCCUCUAAAGUUAGACACGGAAUGAAGAAAAAACAGGAGAAAAACAUGAGGAGCGCUUAUGCUGAUGUGUAUUCGAACCCAUUUCCACCUCCAAAACAGCGUUCUGUUAGAAGCCAGCAUAGCUCUCGCAAGAUUGUCGGUGACCGCAAUGAAGCAACAGCUCCGCACAAAAUUGACCGUCAUGUGCGUGGUGGAGCAGAACAUGCUAAGUCUUCGGGCACAAAUCAAGUGGUGGAGAACAUUUGUGGUGACUGUGACAGCAAAAAGGGAGGAAAGGUGCAUUUUGCCGAAAACCAAACACACGACCAAGAACCUGAAUUGCCACAAAACCUGCCGCGCCUUCCUGUGCUGCCUGAAAUCGCACCUGUCAGAAGAGCUGUCGGUAGUCGGGAAAGUGCAGCUGGUGACCUUCUGGGCCUCCAAGGUUCUUAUACAAAAACAAAGGCCCAUCAGAACUUCAACAGCUCCAUUAAUUAUGAUACAGUCAACCUGAGGGACAAUGUGGUCAGUGGCAAGAAACAUAACUUCUAUGGGAUCAACUGUAACUACAUACACGGAUAAACUUUAGCAGCGUUUAUGGUAAAUACACUACAAAAAUCAAAAGCAAAAUCUGACAUCAGGGUCAAAAAUACUUCUUUCUCUCUUACUUGGCACCUCUUUAGACCAGUUUGCUUAUCCUAUGUAACAGAGGUGUGACCUCAAGUCACGCAACUUAGACUCAAGUCAGAUUCGAGUCACAAUGUUGUUGACUUUGGACUUGACAAUAAAUAUAUUUGUCUCAGACUUUAGUCUGUUGACUUGAAAAUACUAGAUGUAUGUGACGAAUGUGUCCCUAUUCAGAGUAUUUAACUAACGUGAUUGUUAUUUUGCAACCUCCAGCAAGACAACAUAUUUUUCCUUUGACUCUGCCUCGUUGAAUGCAUCUACCGUAUUAAGGCCCAAUCAGGUUUAAGAACUAACAACGAAUGGGUGGAUUACAUGUCUGUGCACUGACUAAAUCCUGAAUGCUGUCACCACUCUUUUUCUGUGACUAAGUCUAAUCACAAUGGUCUUAUUUUAUUAAAAAAAUUUAACAAUUCAAAAUGCACUCAUUGUAUUUGUGAAAUUGAAUAGAUUGUUACUUGGUUAAAAUGGCAUUUUCUUUGAUAAACAUGAAGCAGUGCUUAUGACUUGUAAGGACUCCAGCCUAUGACUUUGGAUUUUACUUGACCUGUGUUGUCUUGACUGAAGACUUGACUCGGACUUGCACGUCUUUACUUGAGACUUAACUCAAGGUGAAAGAUGAAAACGUCCCCAUAUUGGACAAAAUAUAAGACGACCCCGAAGAUAAGCUUUGACAAUAAGCUUUGGUUCUCUGUGUCACGGACACAUCUCUCCUGGUUUGUGAGUGACAGGAAGAAAAGCUCUUGACUGGCUAGGUGAAAAGUCUUUGGGAACCACCUACUUGUUUGCACGUAUAAAUCUCCAGACACUGAAUGUAAGACGACCCGACUUUUUUCUAGAGAAAAAAUAUAUAGGAUAUAGCAGUGAUUCUCAACUGGUGGGUUGCGACCCAAAAGUGAGUCACAAAGCCGUUUCCAAAAAUUGUGUAAUGACCCAAUGUCCGUGAAAGCACCUCACGCCAGUAUCGAGUAUGGACUUAAUGCACUAUGCACUGUCCGGCAUAAAGUGAAAGCUCACGUUGUGUUCAACGGGGGAAUUACACCCACAAUUACGACUACCAGGUACAGUAUGACGGUACUGGGAGGUGUUUUAUGCCCAAUUCGAUAUAUUGGCCCAGGCAGAGGGGCGGUAUACACAAGAAAUGGUGCCCCUAUUCUUAUUAAACAUACCUACUGAGUGUUGAAUCAGAGCAACUGGACUCGCCUGAUUUUUAACGUCUUGUCACUUCUCUUUCAGGUCUAUGUGCAAAUGCUCUGAUUCAUCUCCCCAGAUACAGUAUAACAUGUACUGCAAAUCUUUACACUUUUUGUUCAAAUAGUAGAAAAUGGAUGGCUGGAGACAGACAUCUACACAAUUCAACUUUUGACCAGAAAGAUGCAGGCUGUUUUAUUUCUUGCACAUCUAUCUAUGCCCAUCUGAUCAAAUUCAGUACAUUUAAUGAGAUGUUCAGAAUUCUGUAGUCAUUUCAUUCCUUUUUAGUGAUAUUUAAUUUAUGUGGCUUUUACGUGCCUCACCUAAAACUAAAGAAUUUGUAUACAAGUUCACAAUAAAAAUUGAUAUUCAAGGUUAUAAAUGUAUUGGAUUCUUGCACCCUGAUUAAAAAAUCCAAACAAUAUUCCCUACCCUCUUGAAAUAGAGCAUGUUUGCAAUAUUAUUUGGAGCAAAUGAGUACAACACAGUGGUCUAGUACGGCGGUCUAGUGGUUAGCAUGUUGGCCACACAGUCACAGUCAGGAGGUCGGGAAGACCUGGGUUCGAAAAUGUGGAGUUUGCAUGUUUUCCCCGUGCGUGUGUUUUCUCCGGCUACUCCGGUUUCCUCCCUAACAUGCAUGUUAGGUUAAAUGGGGACUGUGAGUAUGUAAAUGUAAGCGUGAGUGGUUGUUUGUCUAUAUGUGGCGACCAGUCCAGGGUGUACCAAAGUCAGCUGUGAUAGGCUCCGCAUACCCCCGUGACCCUAAUGAGGAGGAGUGGUAUAGAAAAUGGAUGGAUGGAAUACAACACAAUCACUGUCUUAUAUAAGGCUUCUAGUGGCCGGAGAUGACUGCAGUGUUUGUCUUUAUAACUCCUGCUGCAGUAACCUUGUAUCUUAACAUUGUGAAAGGGAAAGAAAUGUUUUUUCUACUCACUGCACUCUACAAUCUGUUGCUUUCAAAUCGACCCUUUGUAAAACGAUGCUUUUGACACAAAGUCCUUGAGGCCCCCAUCCUCAGCUUUGAAUGAUGUAA